GUCAGCGCCUCACGGCGGGCGCGCGCGGCGCGGUUUAGGCGGGAACGCGGGGGCAGCGCGGGUUCCUCAGGUGCGGGGGAUGAAGCGGAGCCGCGCGGCGCCCGGAGCCUGCGAUGUAUGGCUGGACACGGCCCAGUCUGUCAUAGCCAAGCCAAAAGUGUCCAGUCGGAUCCUGGGAUGGAAGCACGCCACAGUUGCUUUCACACAGAGUGGAGCCUCCCAGCCGUGCACCAAGCAGACCACCAUCUCCAGCUUCUUCAGCAAGCAGACAGAUGAAAAGGACAAAGAAAACUCCAGGCCAUCUCCUUGUAUCCCAAAUAAAGCCUGUAAAGACAAAAGUAUUUCUUUGGCUGCCUCCCGGGUGAAGAUCCUGGCUCUGCCGCAGAUGGAGGAAACUCGGACGCGAUCCUUCAGAGCUGAGCGGGAGAGGAGCCCGGCUACACCCUCGUGCUCUGCACAGGCCUCACCAGCUCCUUUGCCAGACUCCCCGUGGUUACAAGCAGAGUCUCACAGGAAGAGCGAAGCCUCCUGUGAGGUGGGAGAAGAUUCCUGCUGCUUCAGCUUCACCCAGGAAUCAGAGCGCAACUGUGUCAUCACGCACAGGAAUGAGUCCCAUUUAUUUGCUGGAGAAAUGGCUUCAAGCGGCUGCGUAACUUUGAACUGUGGGAUAAACACCAAGGUGGGCCAGGUGUGUCCAGCAGAAGAAAAGACCAGGUUUGAUUUCCAACCAAGGCUUGGGGCAAACCAGACUAAGAAGCCACAACAAUCGAGUGGUGUUAAUUCUUUAAUUGAUUUCACCGAGACUGAGAAUCUAAGGACAGACAGUACCUGGGCUGCAGGCUUCUGUUCUUCUCCAUCAAGCCGGGCUGGAGUGCAGCCUCUGCGGGAGCGCAGCUGGAACGCUGGUGCUGGCCCAGCCGAGGAGGGAGGGGGCUGGAAGCCAGGACGGAGCAGUCCCUGCAGGCAGCUCUUCACCCAGGAUUCGGAGGGAAACAGGGUCAUCGCUCACUGUUGUCAGAGUGUCCCGUCUCCUUGCAAGGACAGCUCUGGCUGGCAGCUGCCUUGCUCUUCCCACAGGGGCUGUGCUACGAGGAGUGCGAGCAGCCUGGGAGAGCAGCAGUCGGAGACGUGCUAUGACCAUCUGUUCACGCAGGAUUCGGAAGGGAACAGAGUGAUGAAACACUGUGACCUGGAAUGGCUCACCGAGUGACCUCUGGGGAAGCCUCAGGAAAGUGGUGUGGUGUAUGAAUGCAGUCAGAAUUAGGUAAGUGGUACUGUUGUUUUCGUGAGUGGUCUCACUGGCAUAUGGGGCAGAGCCACACCCAGGUAGGGCCCUUCUGUUCUCUGAAAUGUUGCUUUAAUAAAACUAAAUAAAA